AAACACGUAACAAAAAGCAACUCUAACUGUGAAAUUAGAAAUGUGCUUCAAUAAGAACCUCAUUAAGCUGGCGGACUACUUCCGAUUACAGUCAGUUAUAUCUCGUUAGUGACGUACGUGAAAAAAAUCGAAAUGAUCUGCAACAGAAAAAUUGUGUUCACAAAACUUUUGCUGUGCUUCUUUGUGUCUGGUGCCUGCGGCCGCUCGUGGGCCAACCACCAUGACACCACGACGUCCACGACGCAAACCACGCCCACCACGAGCCCUGUCCCCAAGAACAUUCACAGCGACCCCCUUAUCGUUGAAACAAAGAGCGGCCUCGUCAAGGGUUACCCCAAAACAGUAAUGGGACGUGAGGUUCACAUAUUCACAGGAAUACCAUUCGCCAAACCUCCACUAGGUCCCCUCAGAUUCCGUAAGCCCGUACCAAUAGAUCCGUGGCAUGGCGUCCUUGAAGCCACCAGUAUGCCUAACAGCUGUUAUCAGGAAAGGUAUGAGUACUUCCCUGGCUUUGAGGGUGAAGAAAUGUGGAAUCCUAACACAAACAUAUCAGAAGAUUGCCUUUAUCUAAAUAUAUGGGUACCGCAACAUUUGCGAGUCCGUCACCACCAGGACAAACCAUUGACUGAGAAGCCUAAAGUGCCAAUACUUGUGUGGAUAUACGGCGGAGGUUAUAUGAGCGGCACAGCGACACUUGACCUAUAUAAAGCGGACAUUAUGGCUUCUUCCAGUGAUGUAAUAGUUGCUUCCAUGCAGUAUAGGGUUGGUGCAUUCGGGUUUUUGUAUCUAAAUAAGUUUUUCUCAUCGGGAAGCGAAGAAGCUCCUGGGAACAUGGGUCUGUGGGAUCAACAGUUGGCCAUUCGUUGGAUUAAGGAUAAUGCUCGCGCUUUUGGCGGUGAUCCAGAAUUGAUAACGUUGUUUGGGGAGUCAGCCGGUGGGGGCAGCGUAAGUUUACACAUGCUUUCACCAGAAAUGAAAGGUCUGUUCAAGAGAGGAAUAUUACAGUCCGGAACUUUGAAUGCUCCUUGGAGUUGGAUGACAGGAGAGAGAGCUCAAGAUAUCGGCAAGGUUUUAGUGGACGAUUGUAACUGUAACAGUUCUCUGUUAGCCGUUGACCCUAGCCUGGUUAUGGACUGUAUGCGCGGCGUGGACGCUAAGACCAUUUCUGUACAACAAUGGAACUCGUACACCGGUAUAUUAGGAUUCCCGUCAGCGCCUACUGUCGACGGCGUGUUUUUGCCGAAGGACCCCGAUACGAUGAUGAAGGAAGGCAAUUUCCAUAAUACCGAAGUGCUUCUUGGAAGUAAUCAAGACGAAGGAACCUACUUUCUGCUGUACGAUUUCCUAGAUUACUUUGAGAAGGAUGGACCUAGUUUUCUUCAACGAGAAAAGUUUUUAGAGAUCGUCGAUACUAUCUUCAAAGAUUUUUCCAAGAUUAAGAGGGAAGCUAUUGUUUUUCAAUACACAGACUGGGAGGAGAUUACUGAUGGAUAUCUGAACCAGAAGAUGAUAGCGGACGUAGUGGGCGAUUACUUCUUCGUGUGUCCGACUAACUACUUCGCCGAGAUACUAUCCGACGCAGGGGUCGACGUUUACUACUACUAUUUCACCCAUCGUACCAGCACGAGUCUCUGGGGCGAAUGGAUGGGGGUCAUGCACGGCGACGAGAUGGAGUAUGUGUUCGGGCACCCGUUGAACAUGUCUCUGCAAUACCACACCAGGGAGCGUGACUUGGCAGCUCACAUCAUGCAGUCUUUCACUAGAUUUGCUUUAACUGGAAAACCUCACAAACCUGACGAGAAGUGGCCGCUGUACUCGAGAGCUUCGCCACACUACUACACGUACACUGCUGAUGGCACGAGUGGACCUGCCGGCCCUCGCGGACCCAGGGCUUCGGCGUGCGCCUUCUGGAACGACUUCUUGAACAAGCUGAAUGAAUUAGAGCAUGUGCCGUGUGACCGAGCCGUCACAGGGCCAUACAGCAGCGUCGCUGGCACCACCCUGCCAAUCCUGAUGCUGACUGCUCUCGCCACCACAGUCGCAGUGUAAACUUGAUCACAGUUUAUUCUUGUGAGCAAGCAUAUGCUUGAAAAACAUUCAGUGAAAUAUUUAGACCUAAGUAGAAAAAUGUGUGUUAUGUGAUGAUAUUUUGUAUGAGGCUUUUAAUUUUAAAGUUGAAUAAUUAGUAACAAUGUGAAAAUAUUUUAACUGAUUUCUUGAAUCGGAUAAAUUAAAUACAUCCAAAAAGACAUUUGGAAUUUAAAAAUUAUUGACUGUGCAUUGGUGAAAUUUGAGGAUUCGGAUAUCUGAUUUCAAUUAAAAUAUUUACAUUAAUUUGUUGUUUAAUAAGAUAAUUUAUUAGACCAUCAAAAAGUAAAACAAUAUUCCUUGGAAUAUCAUAAUUUUGUAGUUUUGAAUGUACAAGGUACCCCUUCAUUUAUUUUCUACAUAAAAUGCUUGAUAAAACGUUAUUGGUAUAAAUUAAGUAAAACUUUGUACUAGAAAGAUGCGAAAUUUAAAAUGACCUGUGAAAAGCUUGUCGUAAAUAGGGAUGGAUGAAAUGUAUUAAAAUAAGAAAAAGUUUUUAUUGAUUGUUUGUCGUGGUAGAGUUUUAUUUGUGAUUUUUAAUAGGAGCCCUCGGGUAAUUGUUAAAGUAUAAUAAUGAUAAUUUUAACGCUGAAUAUAUGUAUAAUUAUACAUUGUAAGAUUUUAUUCUAAAUGUUCACGUUGAAUGUAUUGAGUUGAUUAGUUUAAAAUGUUCCUGUACCUAGUUGAUUCAUAUGUUUGGUGUUUUAUGAUAAGUUAGAAUUAAAUCGUUGCUAAAUUUGAUACUGUAAUCCAACAUGCAAUGAUUAGAUUUGUGUGUAAUGUAAUGUGUAAUGGUUAGGGAACUAAAUGUCAGCUUUGAUUGUUAAAGCGAUGCUUUCACACAACAUGGGUUUAUCACCAUACAUAUCAAAGUGUGCCUCUGCUUAAAUAGCAAAGUAAAUGAAUCAUAUCUUUAUCCUAGCGAGAAUUUAGAGAUUUAUAAUAUAAUAAAUAAUAUAUUAUUAUAAUGAAAGUCGAGCGUAUACUGUUAGACAAAUUUUUAUCAAUAUACCUAUUUAUGUAUAUAUACUACUAUUUAGGAUGCUAUAAAAUUCGUACCACUUGAGAAUCUUAUGAACUCAAAAUUCUUAUGACUUCGAACAGAUAAAUAGUAUAUUUUGUAAAUAUCCCUUCUUAUGAAUAGGACGCAAUAUUCUGAACAAAAAUAGACUUUCCUACGUACGUACGUUUAUAUUCUUAUUCAAGUAAAUUGUUAUGACAAAACACUUUAGAAUUAAACACCACUUAUUGUUAUUGAAUGUGUUGGCUCAAAACUAUUUCCGGAGAGAAUCGCUGAACAUUCCACUGCCAUGAACAUUAUAAUUAUUUGUGCGAAUUUCAACAUUGUGUUUUAGUGAUAAUCUCUUGUUCACUUCGAAAAAUUCACAGUAAAUUACAAUGUUCAUUUAUAAAUGAUGGUUUAUAUUACAUACUAUUAUUUUUACGUUUGUUAUUUCUAAAUAUUAAUUCUGAUUUAUAAAAUCUGUUAAAAUUAGUCCUAUUCAAAUUGAAAAGAUUUGACUCUCAUUUUGUUAAACUAAAUACAAAACCACAAAAAGUACGGUUAUUGCUUACAUCUGUGGGCUAUAAACCAGUAUCUUAAGAAUUAUUACGGUCCUCAUUUGACGCCCCAAGAGGUGUUAUAAAGUUGUUCUAUGCUCUACAUAUAAAACUUUCUUUUUGAAUGGGACUUAAUUAUUUCGUAGCAGAAUUUCAUCAUCUUCAUAAUACUUCGAUCAAAAAUGUGUCUUUCUUUCUCUAUUGUCGACAAUAGCAUAAUAGUUUCUUCAACAACACUUAAUCUGUAGCUUAAUAAUGCUUUAAGUGAAAAGUAUCUUAUGAAUUUAAUAACAAUUUUAUACUUACAUAAUUUGUACUAAGACAUAUAGUAUUAAAUAUAUAUGCGAUUGUCAAUUACUAUCCAUGAAAGAGUUUUGAAAGAAUUGGGAACAUAUCGGAAGAAUGUUAAGGGUAGGUAUAAUAAAAUGUAAUUGCUUAAAAUGUGAAUAAAAUAUGUAAGAAUCAUAGUACAAGUUAGUUUUUGUUUUGCGAUUUCAUGACGUUGUUACGUCUACUUUAUUGUCACCUUUAUUCGUAUGUGUUUAAUGUUGCCUUUUGAAGGUAUAAUGCAAGAUUAGCACAAGUAGUUUGUGGGUCACAUCAUUUGCUUGUCCUACAAUGGAAGUGUGGCUCUGGUCUGAACUCGUUAAUGUUGCACCAUUGCGCUUUUAUGUCGAUCAAGCACAAUUUUGAGAAGUUGAUGGGAUAGCUUUAAUUAGCAAAAAUAAGAUGUAAAGUGAUCUAAAUAAGAUUUAAAAUAUUUUAAGUAGUGAAAAUAACGCGUCAUUAUUGUUCCGUUACUCACAAAAAGUUAUGGUUUUCUAAAAGUUAGUAAGCACAAACUAAUUAGUUCAACAUCAUAAAAUACAAGAAAAUAAGGUAAUAAUAAUAAACCAAUUUGCUUCAAAUUGUUGUAUAAAUUGUAGGUUCAUAUUAAUUUUAUGGCGUAAAUGAAGUAAUUAAUAAUUUUGUUCUUUUAGGUAAGGUUAACAGCAGUGUAUUCCAUUUUCUGAAAAAAUACAUAAGUGAAAUCCAAAUAUUAGCAUGGUAAUAUUGGUAAACAUCAAUUUACAUCUUUAAUUUUACGGGCCUAAAUUUAAUUACUUUUAUUACAAAAACUUUUCUUCAUGACAAAUCAUCAUCGAUAAAUUUCGUUAACAUGUUGUCAAUAAGGUAAUCAUUAGGUGUAGUGUUUAGAAUGAUAUAUUAAGGCAAAGAUUGAAUGUGAUUGCCAUUAGUAUUUUAUGUACGUAUCUGUAAGUAUUUAAUUCUCCUAAUAGUUUUCUGCUGAUCAAACAAUAUCUACUGUAAUUAGAAUGUAGAAGCAUCGUUAUAUGGUCGCACGCAAGAUCUAUGUCCAUACUUGUAAUUCAUGAAAGGUGGUUAAAUGAGUCGUUAGUUUUGAGGACAUGUUUGAAGAGCGAAUCUUUGAUAGAGAAUGCAUUUGUCAGUUCAAUGUGUAGUUGAAUAAAUGGUUUGUUAUAUAAAAAUAAAUGUUCAAUGUUUUGUGUAAAACGAAAAUAUCUGAUACGCAAAUCUUAGUAGGUACUGCUUUACAAAUUAGGUGCUAAUUUAACUGUGUGUAUACAUAAUUAAUGUGCACUUAUUCAUUUUAUACUACUGUAAACAACAAAUGCGAAUGACGUCGACAAUAUCUAUUUUAUAUUUUGGACUUGAACGAAGCGAUGUCUUCGGCUUCGUGGUUGCUUUUUAUUUCAAACGUAUUUCUGUAUUUCUCACAUGUUAUACCUUCACUAUUAAUACACGGUGUCGAUUGUUUCCUCGCAAAAAAAAAUCUAAA